CAGCUCUCCCUCAUGGACAUGAUGCUGGUCUCCACCAUAGUCCACCAAAUGGCAACCAACUACCUGAUGGGCACCAAGUCCAUCUCUCCUGCUGGCUGUGGAGCCCGGAUUUUACUGUUUCCCAUGCUGGGAGAGGGUGAGUGCUUCCUCUUAGCGGCCAUGGCCUAUGACCGCUAUGUGGCCAUACGUCACCCCCUGCGCUACCCCAUCCUCAUGAAUCAGAAGCUCUGCUUGCACGUGACCACAGGCUUCUGGCUUCCGGGAGGGGUGGAUGGGCUGAUGCAGCCUGGUGCCAUUCUGAGCUUCCCUUACUGCCAUUCUCGAGAAAUCAACCACUUCUUUUGUGAGGCACCCACACUCACGCACCUUCCCUGUGCCCACGCUACCUUUUUUAAGUUUUUCACGUAUGUGUGUUGCCUCCUGUUGCUCUUGAUCCCUCUGGCUCUCCUUUUGGCUUCCUACAGUCUCAUCUUGGCUGCUGGGCUCCGCAUGCAGUCCACUGAAGCUCAGAAGAAAGUGUUUGUCACCUGCUCCUCUCACCUGGCUGUGGUGGGGCUCUUCUGUGGCACUCUCCUACUCAUCUACGUGCGGCCCAAAUCCUACUGCUCAGUGGCCCAUGACAAGGUGGUCUCUGCUUCUUACACCAUCUUCACACCUGUGUUGAACCCCCUUAUCUACAGUGUAAGGAACAAAGAUGUAAAGGGGGCUUUGAGAAAAUGGCUA